AUGAUACCAUUAGGGAUCACGCCCCAAUUUUGUAAAGCACUACAAAAAUUAUGUGGCACUUAUAUCUGGAGCGGGAAAAGACCCCGGGUAUCCUUAGCACUUCUCCAGACCGCUCCACGACUUGGAGGAGUGGGUCUCCCAAACCUGAGGCAAUACCACAGAGCAGCGAUUCUCUCCACGGGCAUACUCCUUCACGCUCCACCAGGCACAUUACAAUGGGUGGACAUGGAAAGAACACAAUUUACAGUCAUAUCUCUAACCGACUACCUAUGGACACCGAGGAAGUUUAGAACUAAACACACGGACCUGUUCCCAACCACACAACUCACAAUAUCCAUAUGGGACACCUUUAUGGAGACUAUAGGCCACAAGGACACAUUACACACCAAAUCCCCAAUCUCAGUCUUAAGAACAAUAGUACCCAACACCCCCCUUAAGGACUGGAACACAGCAGGAGUGACAAAAAUAUCACAGCUCUUAGACGCCAAAGGCAUAAUACCAUUCCCAGCCCUACAAACACAGUGGCAACUCCCAAACAGAGCUAUCUUCUCCUACCUACAACUAAAAAGUGCGAUACAAGCGCACACACCUUCACUGCAUAAACCACCAGACGCGACUAGACUCACCUCUUACUUACUCCUAGACAGAUGCUGGGCAACACCCACAAAACCCAAAACACUUACGCUAUGCUACAAGGCAUGGCAAGAACUCUCAACAACCACAUCGCACCCCUAUAAACUCCAUUGGGAGACAGACUGUGGGACAGUGCUGACGGACCGCGACUGGCUAUGCGCCCUCAACGGCCUCUCUAAAUGGACAAAGUGCUACACGCACGUUGAGGCCCACAAAAAACUCCUCUACCGCUGGUACAUGACCCCACAGAGACUUUACCGCAUAUACCCCAAUACGCCCAAUACUUGCUGGAGGUGCAAUGCAACUACAGGAACCUUGGAGCAUCUGUGGUGGUCUUGCGGCAGUAUCCAACCACUUUGGACCGCAGUAUCCACGACACUAGACCAACUUCACAUCCCUAAAUUCCAAUUGUCGAAACCCUCAUGUCUUCUGCUCCUACUCCCAGCCAACCUCACCCUAGCACAAAAACAGAUCGCAGCUCUUACUAUACUGGCGGCAAGGAACUUGCUAGCACUACACUGGAAAUCACAGACCUGCCCAUCCUUAGCCCAACUCCAAACCAAACUCACUCAAUACAAAAUCUAUGAAAGAAUGGCAAUAGUAUCCCCACAAAAGAAACUUGCAUUUGAUGUGAGCUGGGGAGACUGGGAGGGGGAGGUGGACGAAACGGGAGGUAUACCCAGGCGAAAAAUGUAA